UGCAGUCGUGCAUGCCAACCACGGAUCCGACUAUUCUUGUAACCAACACUUCGGAACCCCAGUGUGACAGGAGCGCGUCCAUCCGCAAACACAAUAUGUGAAGCAGCCUUUCACUUGAUUCUCCCGUUUUCUUCUUCCUUUCUGCGUUUCUACCUCUACGGAUAGACUAGCUCUCGAUCACUUGCAGCUACAUGAAGCAAAAACCAUCCCAUGUUUGAUCCGUUUCGAAAGCUUCGGCAUGCGGUCGUUCAUAAAUUGCCAUUAAGGCGUGCUGGCCCAAAGGUACAUCGAUCUCACACCCCCACUACCCAGGCCAUUCGCACUGCCAUUGAGAAACGAGCAAAUGUAGCAAUAGCUCCGGAAAACAAUGCGCAAUCUUCUUUUCAACAAAAGUCAUUGAACAGCUCCCGUCAGUCCUCUGUUGACAAUUUCCACCUUGGUUCAAAGGCCCCCGAGGAACAUCGACAUCCGCUAUGGGGUCGAAGUGUCGAACUCUCAGAUGCUCAAGAGGAGCUGCAAGAUAGUCGCGAAGAGUUGCUCGGUGCGCGAUUUUCUCUAAGAUCGCAAAGAACCAAGUUGACCCAAUUAAGGCAAGAGACUGGGGGAGCUGAAGGUGGACUUUUGAUGUUCGUUCGCCAAAACAUCCAAGGGGCAGAUUUGACAUCUUCAGACAAAUUGGACUCAUUAGUCGGAGAAUAUAGUCUCUUACGAGAUCGAUUGGGAAUUGCCGAGGUCAAUUACGAACAAGCUGAACAGAAGUACAACACCCUGGAAUGGAAUUACACACAAAAAGAAGAAAGAUUUCUUCGUUUGUUAAGGGAACAAGAUCAGGCGAUUGGGGACCUGGCGAGUCAUUCUAGAGGCGAAAUCGAGGAACUGACUCGCUUCAGCCAUGGCUCACUCGAACCAACGAAAACGCACCACGAAUUUCAGGACCAACAAACUGGCUCAACUUCUGUAUUUCGCACAGGUAUUCGUGAGUCAGAUCUUGACCGACUCGAUCCUGCUGCGAUACUCUCAACUCAAGUCGAUAGUAUAGAGAAUGUCCAUGAAUCAUCAUGGCUGAAAGCUCUAGCUAAAAUUAAUUCAUGGCUACUGCAAGGUAUCCUUUGCUCAACUCUUCAAGAGGCUCGCAUCAGAGAGCUCCUCUUGUAUAAAAAGCUCAAUGAUCCUGAUUGGCGCAAUCUGGUCGUGCAGCAUUGGGACCAAGACGAUUUGAACAAUCUCCGACCGUAUCAAUUGGAACUAGAGGAGUCUGAGGAGACAAUCAGGGACCAACAGAAAGACACAACAUUUAGCAAUACUCCGCAGAUUGUUUUCAAUUCGAAUUUGAGCUCUGCAAAUCAAGUUCACACCAAUCCCGAUUACGCAUUCACUUCGAGGAAAGAGCAACCAAACACUGAUGCACACUCGAGGAUUCCAUUUAUCUAUAAUGGGCAUAUUUCAUUUUCAUCGGAGCAAUCAUCACAGACAGGAUACAAAAACAGUUACCAAUGCGUAAACCAAGCCAUGCCAGAACCAGAAUCUCCAGAAGAGAACGAGCCCAGGACGACUUAUACUGAGAAUAUAUGUCGAACAGAUACUCCGCUCACUAGCUUGAAUCCAAGGAGCGAUUAUCCACAAGUCCAUGGUGUUUACUCGUGUUGAACAUGCUUGGACUGAACUGAAAUUUCAAGACUCUGCAUAAAAGAACGAACGAAGCAUAUUUUACAUCAUUAUUGCCCAUUUCAUUGUAGCGCGUUUCCUUUUCACCUCGUCAGAAUCUCUUCAAGUACUUCCUUUCGUUCUCUGUCCUUCCAAUCUUAGUUAUAUGUGUAUAUUAUUCCAUUACAGAAUGUAGCAUACUAAUUAUUAGGU